AUUAUGCGAGAUCCCACAAAAAUGAAACUGAUACCACCAGUGAGACCAACCACUGGCCCAUCUGACUGGCACUGUCAGCCGCCAACAGUGAAUCGCGCAUAACGUCUCUGGCGAUGUCAACGUCAUGGGGGUCAGUAUUUCGUGUGACCUCCAUGUGCUGCGAUGCACGCCUGCAGCCUCCUAGGCAUGGACAUGCACAGGCGCCUCACCACACGUCGUGGGAUGGCUGCCCAGUGAUGCUGCAAUGCCUGUUGCAGCUCAGCGAAGUUCUGUGGUGGAUUCGGUUGGUUUUGAACACGACGUCCCAGCUCGUCCCACAUGUGCUCUAUUGCACGCCUGCAGCCUCCUAGGCAUGGACAUGCACAGGCGCCUCACCACACGUCGUAGGAUGGCUGCCCAGUGAUGCUGCAAUGCCUGCUGCAGCUCAGCGAAGUUCUGUGGUGGAUUCGGUUGGUUUUGAACACGACGUCCCAGCUCGUCCCACAUGUGCUCUAUUGGGUUCAUGUCCGGGGAAACUGCUGGCCAGUCCAACACAGUGACAUGGUGGGCACGAAGAAACGCCUGUGUACGCCUGGCAGUGUGCGGCCGAGCGUUGUCUUGCUGAAAGACGAGCGUGUUUCCGCCAUGCCGUCUCAUCAAUGGGAGGAGGACCGGCCGCAGGAUGUUGUCGACGUAGUGUUGCGCAUUAAGGUUUCCCUGUACCACCACGAGUUCGGACCGGAAGUCAGCAUUGAUGGCGCCCCAAACCAUGACUCCGCCGCCCCCGUAGCGGUCCCUCUCCAGAACACAGGCCUGCGCGACACGUUCUCCACGACGGCGGUAAAUGCAACGACGUCUGUCCGUGACACUCACGUUAAAUCUCGAUUCAUCCGAGAAGAUGACAUCUCGCCAUCUCCUGGGUCGCAAAUGCCCACCAUUCCUGGCCCAUAAGAGUCUUGCUUGACGAUGUCUGUGCAGGAGGAUAAGGCUACGGUAGGGUCGGUGGCAAUGCAGUCGUGCUGCGGCAAGACGUCUCCGGACAGUUCGGGCGCUGAUGAGUCGUCCCCUGGUUCCCACUUCAGUCCUGGCAGUGCUUGCGGCUGUCAAAAACCGAUUGCGCAGGUGCCGCAACCGUAUGUUCCGGUCCUGUCUAUUGGUCGUUACGCGUGGUGUGCCCGAACGACGGCGGUCAUUGACGGUCCCUGUCGUCUGAUAUCGGUUGAGGAGCCGAUUAAUGGUUGACGGGUGGACGUGGAACCGU